UACGACAUCAACUGUCAAUACAACAAGUAUCUUCGCACUCAGGUCAAUCAAGGUCCAUUCUUGACAAUGGUUCUGGAGCUGACCAUAGUUCCCGGAAUUGGGCUUUGGCAUAUCCAUGGACAUCAGGACAGCUGCUAUGUGAGAUAUGUGUUGAACUUCAUUGAAGGCAUAGGUCGCAUCGAUGGAGAGAUCAUGGAGACCCUGUGGGCCCCCCUCAAC